AUUGCAACAGUCGAGAGAUUGAAUGAAGCAAUGAGCAGCAACAGCAGUAAUAGCAAUAGCAAUGGCAAUACCAAUAGCGUUGUACCGCCGGCUCAACCGUCGACAGAGACGCCGCCACCACCGCCGCCGACCAAGGACGAGCUCAUCCGCGACAUUCUAGACACACAGCAAUCGUUCCUCGACAUGACAUCCAAGGUGUACGAAGUGCAGCGCGAGAUUGCCAAUCUCACCAACGAAAACCACGUCCUGUCCGAGCUCAUGGCAAACUACAUGGCAUCGUCGAGUUUGUUCCAGCUGCCUGCGACCGCGCUCCUGCCAGGUCCCAUCGCCCGUUAAGACAAGAAGAAAACGGGAAAACAAAAGUAUAGGCAUUUACAAGUUUGUGGUAGUGCAUUGGAAGCGUCAAAAGGUCUGGAUCGACACACAAAUGGCCUUUGAGCACUUUCCGGGUUUCAAAUCGACCAAACAAACAAGGAGACCGUCCAUUUGAAGUGCUUGUCGCAUAACAGGCGACACGUUUCAUUUACUCUAUUGUUACAUUGUGAAUGGCACCUGGUUGACGGAACAGCCUUGGUCGGUUUGCCGUUUGUCAAGCUCUCUCGCUCUCCACUUUGCCCAACUUGUCCUGUUGUUUAUAAUGUCGUAAUUUCAAUCCAGAUCUCCAUUUUCACCA